UGCUGUUACGCGUUUAAUAACUCCUUAUUUUUAUUCAUUUUUAUGCCAUAAUUUAUUCUUGUAGUACCAUAUUGCGCGUACACUGCAACCAGAAUGCAAUUUGCAUGUUACGCGCAAACGCGUUAUGAUUAUGACAGAUUUAAACAUUUUAUAAGGUGCGAAAAAACUGUUGUUACAAGCAUAAUUUUAGGCAUGAAAAUUGUAUAAAAUGCAUCGCAAUGUGUUGGUAAUAAUCGUCUUCGGCCUUUAUGUAGAUCGUUGGACCGGUCGCAUUUAUCAUUCUCAGGCAGCUUCGUUGUUACUCGAUUGAAAAUUUCAAGGAGCGCCUCAGUAUGCCUUGAACAGCAAGGGGACGAUCAUUUAUCAACGGCCAUUCCGGUAUUCAAUUUAACCCUUAUUAGAUGAGUAAUUUCCUGAUCGUGCCUAUUAGCGGAUUAAUCAACAGAUUUGCGUAUGAUCGAACGAUAAUGAUGGAGCGCCAGUUCCUGCAGACGCUAUUGAACACGAGGACUCCAUAGCGUCCGCCUCUGAAACAGGCGAGGAAUACGAAGACGGUGACGACUCGGAUAUGUACAUGGAGCCAGACGGUACCGAGCCGGACGAAGGCGACAAGGUAGAAGGAAACCAAGAGGACGAAACUUACAAAAACACAACUGACGAAGUUCCAUCAGACGCGACCGAGAAAAAAGACGAGCUACCAAGCUCUACCACCGACAAGCCUACCUCGAAGGACCAGAAAGCGGAAAAUACCAAAGAAACGAGUCAAACGGAUGCGCCUGACUCAGAAGACAAAAGCUUGGAAACCGAUAGUCAAAACUUCUUCCCUUCGUUUGCGGAGUUGUUUGCGAAUCACAGGGCUUCUUUCGCGGAGCAACAAAGGUAUAGACCCAAUAGAUUCCUCGGGUACUUCCAACGCGAUCGCAGUGGCUAUCAAACAGCGACUGCAACGGCGAAAGACGUUCAUCAUCCGCUUCUAGGGUCAGGGAACUUUGGCGUGAUUCGAGGUGGCACUUACUACCCCGAAGAGAAAGAAAACGACGAGUACACGAUGGACGAUAGUCUGUAUAAUCCUUACUACCACGGUGGAAAUCGUGGCCGUGCAAACUAUUUCAGCAAUCCGAAACCUCAGCCGAUUCGCGGUGGCGAUUUCUUCGCGAAUUUCCGAGACUUCGCCGAUAUCACGGCUCCUCCUAAGUCCAGUUUCUCUCAUUUAUCCGUGGUUUAUGCAAAUAAGAACGGCAGCGCAGCUGGGCGUAUCACAGAGCCUAGGAAUAUUAUCGAGACCCUGAGAAUGUUGGAAGAGGAAGGGCAAACUAGUUCCGAGGUAACGACCACGACAGAAGCACCGAGGAAGAAGCAGAGCAAAGGGAAAAGGAAGUUGAUGAAGAUGAAGCAAUACGAAGAGGACAAGGCAAGAAGAUCCCGUAUGACCGUUGAGCCUUUGUUAGCGCUCAGUUGAACGUACGCCGGGAUCCAAAUUGUAUGGUAGUGCGGACGCGAACCUCGGGAUCUUUUCCCAAACGCGAAAUCUGGCCACGAGAUCAGAACCAAAGUCUGAAAAGUGUUGUCACAUCCUACUACGUAUCGGAGGAGUUUGUGCUGAAAAUGAGAGGAACAAUGAUCAAAGGGACGCUUGCCUCGCGUUUAUCUGAACGUUUACGAAGCAACUAUAUGAUCGUUUUGAAAUUUUUUCCAGGUAAAUUCCGAUACGUCCUGAGACUGGAUUUUAUAUUAAUAAGAACGUUCGUACAGAGAUCUUAUUCCUACGUAAGCGUAUUCCGUUUUCUUGAUUAUCAGCAUUAACAUAAAUGCGUUCCACCUUGGCGUAUUGAAAAAUCUCCUUUGCAAUUGUAACGAUUGCGUGGAACCUGCGUGUUUCGAGCAAUUAUUUAAAUUGUUUAUGGGAGAUAAGCUGUUAUUUGUGUACCAUUCUCGAUUUGUAAUUCAACGUUUCAGGCAUUCUGAGAAAACUAAAAGCGCCAAAAUACAGGUUACCGUCGAAUCGAACCACUAAUGAUACUGUAGAAACUUAGAGCUUACUAAAAUUAUAUGAAAAUUUCUUAAGUUAGCAUCGAUAUGCUGUCAAGUGAACAUCGAAGUGUUUUCUAUUCGUGUUCUGCAAUGACGGAUUAAUCGUUGGACGAAGAAAAUAAUUUAAAAGGAAUAAAAUAUUUCAUCUUUAUCUCUAAAUCCAAAUUCAAGAAACUAGCCUAUUCGUGUGUGGAGAUCACAUCGAAUCAUAAAUAACGUUCUCUCAGUAUAUCCUCAGAGAUAUUUUCAACAAAACAACACUUUUUAUACACUUGCAUCAGACAUAACAUUUUUCCGUUAAUUUAAAAAUUAGUAGAUCCUCAUUUAAGAAAUAUCAACGAAUUCAAAUUGUCAAUGUCUCCUAAUUUUUAUCAUCUCGCUAUUAAUAUUCAACGUAUAGUCAGGCAUUAUAAGAUAACUUUUUUCUCAAUAGAUACGGCUCCUUCAUCAACCGUUUUUGAAGCUUUUCCUGGCAACGUACUAUAGCACGUACGUUGUCAUUUCAAUGAAAUAAUUCGGUGUAAUAUAUCUCUUUAUAUCCCACCAUGAGAAUGUAUUUAUUCAAAAACGUAUAUUCACAUUUUUCACGCGAAAGUUUAUCAAUUUUUACAAAAGAAAUAUGGAAAAGUUUGAAGAUCGAACUGAAGAAAUAUCUCGUUUAAGAUUCGCAUAGAAACGUAUUGAAACGUGCGAUCAUUCAAAAUUGCUUUCAUCGUCGAUCGAUUAAUCCCCGAACUUUUGUAUGCGCGUAUAAGUAGUCAUCUCAAGUUGGCGAGUUGCGAUUGUGUCAAACUCGUUUAUCGGCAAUUCACGGACACAUUUUAAAUUGAUUGAAUGCACUUGCGCGUGCAGUUUCGUUAUGCUCGAGUAAACCUCGAUCCGGUACGAGUAACUCGUACACACUAACGAUAAUUUCCGUUCAUACGCUGCGUACAGUUGACGCACGCGAUCACGUGCGAGUACACCGAGUGUGAAAACAGAAAAUUCUGCGCCACGCGCGUUAUCAUCGAGCGCAAGAACGGAAUCACGCGGAGAAAAAAGAAAAAUUAUUGCAAGAGCGUUGAUUUGCGUGCAUCGCGGCCUUUUGUAAAUAAAUUCCAUCGCUCUCUGCUUCGUGUUUUCUUUAGUGUUUUAGCUAAAGCAGAACCGGACUAACACUCGCGCCUUCAUUCCAUGAAUAUGUAUUUGUUCGUUCGGAUCUCGUUUCUGCGUCUAGCUAUGUAGUUUCUAAACGAGUAAGAUCGAUCGUGGAUAAGUAUCUCUCCUCUUCUUUUUUUUACACGCAGACUGUGUCUCGCUGCAUUUAUUAAAUUCACAAAGACUGUUCACCUAUUAAUUAUUAUCGGCUUAACGUAGAAUUGUUCAUUCCUUUUUCAUAAAUUAAACUAAUAUUUCUCUCAUGAAAGCAUCUAGUUUUGUUUAGAUCUACAUGUAAGCGACUUUUCUUCACAGCACCCUUUGAUAUGUCUUUUCUAAUUCGAUUGAAGAUCAUGCAUUUCAAUCGUUAGAUCAGUGGUUUGUUUAAAAAAAAAUUUGCUCUGAUUCUCGGGAAAAAUCACGGCGAAGAUUCAUCCUGUGCUUCAUAAUAGGAAAGAAUUAUGAAGAGGACAGCCUACAAGUGAAUUAUUCGUCGUAGAUUUCGGCGCAUUGUUAUAACAGUUGUUGUUGAUUAUUUUAAGUAUAUGAAGUAGGUAUAAUAAUUAAAUCGAAUACUCUGUCUCAUGCUGUUUUUAAUAUGGUGCAAAGGGACACGAUGAGAUAUCGAAAUAAAGUAUAUUUUUCAUAA